CCUUUCUCUCAUUGAGCUCCAUGAUGGCCCUCGGCUGGUCCGCACCUUCCCAGGUCUGCACCGCCUUGGCUUUAGCCCUGGGCCUGGCCGCGGCUUGGCGAUGGCUCCGGGCGCGUCGAAGCCCUGAGCUGCGGCUGAAGCGAGUGGGGACGGUGUCGGGGCUCUUCCUCUACCCGCUCAAGUCCUGCCGUGGCCUCUCCGUGGACAAGGCGGAGGUGACCGAGCUGGGCCUUCGCAGCGGGGUCCUGAGCGACAGGUGUUGGACUGUGAUGAAAGAAGAUGGGGAGAUGUUGUCUGCUAAGGAAGAACCUCGUUUGGUGCUGAUUUCUGUGACCCAUGAAGAUGGCUAUAUUACACUGAAUGCUCCAGAAAUGAAGGCGCUGAAAAUCCCCCUUCAACUCCCAAGAACAAAUUCAAUCAGGAACUGCAGACGCCUUGGAGCUGAGGGUGAAGGUAGGGACUGUGGUGAGGAGGCAGCACAAUGGAUUACAACCUUCCUGAACACAAAGCCUUACCGAUUAGCUCACUAUGAACCCAACAUGAUGACAAGGAAGUCAAGAGAUGUCCUGCCUGAGUUUGAAAUUACAGAUGAGGUUGCUUAUGCUGAAGGCAGUCCGAUCUUGCUAAUUUCAGAAGCUUCCUUGGAUGAUCUAAACAGCCGGCUAGAAGAGAAAGUUUCAAUAACAAACUUCCGCCCAAAUAUUUUUGUUACAGGAUGUGCACCUUUUGAAGAAGAUUCUUGGUCUCAAAUAUUAAUUGGCAAUGUUCAGAUGAAAGGAAUACUGCCUUGCCCCAGGUGCAUUUUCACAACAAUUGAUCCAAAUACUGGAAUCAUGCAUAAGAAGGAACCACUGAAGACACUGAAAAGGUAUCGCAAGUAUGCUUCUACCGAACAACAUUCCUACAAGUCUUUCCCUCCUUUUGGAUGCUUGUAUGGAAUUGAAAAGACUGGGAUGCUUGCAGUUGGGGAUCCAGUAUAUGAGAUAAUCUAGAGAUGGAGAUGAUUUGUGCAAUGAAACAUACUCAUUCAAAUGUGCAAAUGGAUUCUUUGCACAUUUUGAGAAAGAACUUUAUCACAUUCAUUUUUCAGGGAGAUUUCCUAUAAAGUUUUUAAGCAGAUCUGGUAAAAUGAGAUAUGCUUGUGCUCUAUGUAAAUGAUAUUGUUAUAAAAUAAAGGUAAUCCAUCUAUGGACCAACCCCCAAGACCCCACGGAUGGAGGACCAUCAUCCUCGAACUACGAGGGAUCGCCUAAGGGCUAGAUAACAGUCAUAAAGGUGCUGUCUGAAGGAAAAUCUAGUAACGAUUUUUCAUAUUUCUGCAGAAUUUGUAGUUCUUUCAGAUUGUUAAACACAAUUAAAAAAUAUUCAAAGCUUUCAAAUUAAAUAUUUUUCUAAAAGUUUAGUUUUAACAUUUAUAAAGCUUUGGGCGCAACUA